AUGGUUGGCAUUUAUGGAAUUCCAGGUGCAGAAAAGACAACCUUGUUGAACCAGCUCAGAAUGACCCUCGGCGAAGACGAAUUCAUGAACUUCGAGGGGCGCGAUGAGAUUGAGGUGAAGGAGGCUUUGGUUGACCACUUGAAGAGCCAACACCAUCUUGGAGUUUGGACUUUUGGAGAUAGCACUCUUGACCUGAAAAUGCUCUCUAGAGCCGACAAGGCCUUUUUUGUUGUAGGGGACGAAGAAAGUAGAAGUCGGUCUAUGGAUGAGGCCUUUAAAAACGCCAUUGAGGAUGAUGGUCUGAAGGCAACGCAAUGUCUUCGGCCGAGUCAUGUACCUCGCCUAACCACGGCGAUUCGUCCUGAAUUCAAACUUCUCGACCCUCAUUUUGUUGAUUCCCUCCUGUCAGGCUGCGGUGAGCCCACCAAAUUGAACGUCAUUAGCGCCGAUAAAUUGAACCCAGGAUCCGUCAAAAUUCUGAUGACGCCCAUGAGAGAUAUGAGUGUUUAA